AUGUCGUGGCAGGACAGCAUGGUGGGCAGUGGUCAUGUCAAUAAAGGAGCAAUCUACAGCAUCGCAGGCGACAGCAAAUGGGCAGGCAGCACUGGCUUCGAAUUGUCACCGGCUGAGAUCCAAGAAGUGAUUACCGGUCUGUCUGGAAAGCCCGAGAAGUUAUUUGCCGAUGGGCUGCACGUUGCUGGUGAGAGAUACGUUCUGACAAAGGCUGAGGAUAGAAGUCUUUACGCCAGAAAGGGCAGAGAAGGCGUUGUCAUUGUCAAGACCAAGAUGGCUAUCCUCAUUGCCCACUACAAAGAUGGUAUGAUUGCGGGGAACACAGCUACAACGGUCGAGCAACUGGCGGAUUAUCUCAUCAAGACGGGUUACUAG